AUGACAAAUGUUCAUCCUUCUCGAACAUUAGACGCAGUCGGGAACCGUGUGAAGCAGAAGCAGUUAUUUUCCGAUAUGUUGGUCUCUGUCCUUCUCGAUCAGCUCGGAAAAUCGAAGAACACAUGUUUCAAUUCGAGGAUCGAAUUCGAACGUCUGAACAGCAUGUCUGGUGGACCAAGCGUGAGUGCAGAAUAUGAGAAAGUUUUCAGGACCAAGUCCUACGUAGAUAUGUGUGCCGAAGUCGACGAGCAGAUGCAAAGAAGAAUAAAUGGUGAUUACAGUAAGAUCGAAAGGGCAAUUCAGAUAGCUCGAAAGGUACUUGAUGACAGUAGAGUUUUCUCCGUCCAUGAAGAAUACCGAAUUAUUUCCGAGGAGUUAGCUGCAUAUGCUUCGUUGGAUAAUCAUUUAUUGGUUGUGGGACAAACACAGUAUCACGAUCUUCUCCAGUCGUACAGACUGCUGAAAAGCAGGCUAAUGAUAGAGCAAGGGAAAGCAAGAAGGAGAAUGAAAUUGUUUAUGUUCUUCGAGAAUGUAAGAAAAUGCAGCCCAGUGGCUUCUUGCACUUCAGGAUCUUCCAAGGAUCAGGCAACAAGGAUCAGGCCAGCCCGUGGAAAUGACAUGCCGAAGUUGGUUGCUCUAGAAAGACUUGACAGACAAAUCGAUCAAGCCUUGAGAGGGCUUUUCCCGUUGAUGAUUCAAAUUAGUACUAUCCAUAAUCUUGUCCAGGCGGUACACAAUGAGGUGGAGUACGGGAAAAACCUCAUGAGGCUGUGCUCGGGGAACCAGGGGAGGGAGAUGCUGGAGGCUAUAGUGAACAAUUUCGAUGUUGACAGAGUAGAUUUCUUAAAGAAGCUAGGAGAGCUCGAGGAUCAUAUCCGCCUGUGUCUUCUCAUUAUCAACAAAGCCAGAAGGUCUAUUGUUGUCGAACCAGUAGCUGACAGGUCUGAUUCAACAUGA